AUACGCAGGGUUGGCAGCGGAGGCCGUUCUCUAAAAGACCCAGCACGCUUCGACUGUUCCGUAUCAAAGCAUACGUCAUUCCCUCCGCCCGCUCGCCUCCGCAGUAACCUCGACACCCACUCUCACCAGCCACGCUACGCGCAAGCCAUUUCGCCUUAGCCAUUAUUCAAAAUUGGACAUAUCCUCAUACCCCCUUUUCACACCCAUUUCCCUCGUCGCAAACACAAUGUCUGGACAAAUCCCUCGCAACACCAGCCAGCCACCUCAGUAUGGUUCGGACAAUCAAAACCCUUACUCCAACCCCUGGGGUUCCGAGUCCCAGGCACAGAAUACUGCACAAUCCCAUGGCCAACCUACGCAAGCACAAGAUCAUAACCCCUUCCACACUCAAGACCAACCCCAGAGCUACGACUCGUUCGUCCAGGAACAAUCAUACAAUCCUCCUUCCCAACCCCCGCUGGGCCAGCACAACGAGCAAUAUACCCCACCUCCAGGUCUUCCGCCCCGCCGUAUAGGCACCACCUCUGAGCAAGCCUUGCCUCAAGGCCAGGAUCGCUCACAUCAGGUUGAGGUGAUGCAGAGCUAUGAGAUGUCGCGCCCGCAAACGGAGGAUGAGCAGAACCAGGCAAUUCUCGAGCGGGAGUUCCCAAAGAUUGAUGGCAGUUUGAUUGCAGCCAUCUAUGGUGACUCCGGGAGUUUAAGUGCCACGAGGGAAAUGUUACAGGAGCUGAGCUCGACCGAAGGUCAGGGAUCAUAAGUUUUUGGGCAAGGUCGUGAAAUGUACAGACACUGGUAUGCACGCAACACGAUUUGAUCAACGACGAAUGAAAGUACUAUUACCUCUCCAUUUGCAUCAAAG